CAUCUGUGUCUGCACCAGAGCCAACCCUGGCUUUUACAUUUAUACAUACGUACAUACGUACAUACAUACAUCUAUGUUGGAGUUCCCGUUUAGCAAGCCACACGAGCCUGCCGUUGCUCCACACUUCGUGUCAGGAGUCUGUGACUGACCUCGGAAAGAACCCCCCGUCUUUCUCCCACCCGGUGAUGGGACAAUCCCACCCGACUCUUCUCCAAUGUCUCUAUCUUAAGACUAGGGUGGGCAAGGAGAUCAGUCUAGCCUGGGAAAGAGUUAGAACUUUGGUGAUGGACGACAACCCCAUCCCGGCAGAUGUGCUGGCCGGAUAGCGUUGUGAGAGGGACCGAGGAUAUAGUCUGCCAUGGGCUUCUAUAACGUCAGGGUCCCUCUGAUUAUAGGCGGUCGCAUUGAGCACCUCAAGUUUCCAUCCUAUCUUGCAAGCUGAUCAAGUUUUUAGUUCACUCCUCCCUCGAAUACACGACGGAACGGCUCUGAGGCAUAAACAAAGUCCCUUCUGACCAUGGCCAUCCCGUUACCAUCCACUUGGCACCUCCUCUCUCUGGCAUCCCUGGCCUGGAUUUUGGGGGUUUUUGUGACUUACUGGCUGCUUUGGAUUGUAUACGCCAGAUGCUUCCAUCCCCUCCGCAAUAUCCCUGGACCAUGGCUGGCUUCCGUCAGUCGUACCUGGUAUAUGCUGCAGAUUGCAAAGGGUGACAUGGAAAAGAGUCAGCGGCGACUGCAUGCAAAGCACGGCCCUCUGAUCCGCAUCGCUCCUAAUGAAGUUGCCUGCUCUUCACCUGAUGCCAUCAAAAAGAUCUACCGGAACCAAGCUGGCUUGGCCAAGACUGACUUCUAUUCAGUCUGGAACAGCCAAAACUUCAGCAAACACCUUGAUAUGUUUACCAUCAUCGAUGACAAGUACCAUGGCGAACGAAGACGUAUCUUCAACCAUGUUUACACUCUCUCCAAUGUCCUCAAGUCGGAGCAAUAUAUCGACAUAUGCUCCCAGCUCUUCAUGGAUCGUCUCAGCGAGUUUGCCAGCCAGGGAAAACCAUUAGAUCUUGGCAAAUGGCUCCAGAUGUACGCUUUUGAUGUUAUUGGUGAGCUGUACUUUGGAGAAGCCUUUGGCUUCUUGCAGAAUAGCCACGACCAUGGCUCCUGGAUACACUCACUCGAUUUGUUGAUGCCCUUUUUGUGCAUGACAGCUGUGGCACCUUCCUAUAUCCGACCCUUUAUUCUCGCCUCAUCCCUGGUUGUUCCUGGGUCACUCAAGGCGUUAAAAGCAAUUGAAACCAUUGGAACGUCGGCGAGAGCCUGUGUUCUGCAGCGCUUCAAAACGCAAGGCGCCUAUGAGAAACAACCCCGGGCUGAUAUUUUGGAACAAUUAUACUCGAUUUCCGUGGAAAAAGGUGACCAGGUCGAUUUCAAGCUUGGUGACAUUCAACAAGAAGCAUACGUUGCCCUAUUUGCUGGCUCCGACACGACUGCAAUUGCCUUACGGUCGGUUUUCUAUCACCUCAUGAAACACCCGGCAGUCUAUGCCAAAUUGCUUGCGGAAAUCGACGAGGCUACUGCCCAAGGUCAACUCAGCGAGCCAGUCAAAUAUGCCGAGGCCAUCAAGCUUCCGUUCUUGUGUGCAUGCAUCAAGGAGGCUCUUCGCUUACAUCCUGGCGUGCAGCUGACAAUGGCCCGCCUUGCACCUGUCGAAGGUCUCGAGUUAUCUGGCACAUACAUUCCCGCAGGUUAUCGAGUCGGCAUGAAUGCAGCAGUCGUGCAUCACGAUCAAUCCAUAUUCGGUCUUGACGCCGAUCUCUACCGGCCAGAACGUUGGUUGGAGGGGAAUGCAGCCGCCAUGGACAAGCAUCUGCUACACUUUGGAGCCGGCACCCGAACCUGCAUCGGCAAGAACAUCUCGCUUGCGGAGCUGCACAAGCUGGUUCCGUACUUGCUGACGAAAUUCAGGGUCGAUCUGUGGGACGAAAAUGACACAUGGUCGACGAGGAACUUGUGGUUUUGCAAACAAGAAGGUUUGAAUGUGCGUGUGACACCCCGGACGGGAGCCACUAAACAAGAAAGCGGAUAGUUUUGAGGACUGGCCUAGAAACGGUUGACUUGACUUUUAAGCCCAUGGAUGGUAGGGAUGGUAUAGAGAAAUCCAACACGACUUUGACAGGCACGACAGGUUACACAUCAGAAAUUCUGUUAGGCUGCAUAUUGACUGUGAUAGACAUGUCGCAUCUUGACAUGGUACC